AUGCCUCGCGUUAACGGAGUGGGAGUUCAGGUUGAGGACACCAAAAUAUGCGUGGUUAUGGUCGGCUUGCCGGCUCGAGGCAAGAGCUUCAUUGCCCAGAAAGCCCAGAGGUAUUUACAGUGGCUUUCAAUUCCGGCAAAGACCUUUAAUGUCGGUAACUACCGGCGCAAUGAUGCCCCUCACCCGACGGCCGAUUUUUUCGACACUUCGAACCCCGAAGGCGAAAAAAAGCGCCGAGCCGCCGCUAAGGCCGCCGUUGCCGACAUGCUCGCGUGGUUCCGGCAGGGUGGUGUAAUCGGCAUUCUCGACGCAACCAAUUCCACCAAGGAGCGCCGGAGAUGGGUUUUGGACACGUGCAACCAGGAAGGAAUUGAGGUGUUGUUUGUGGAGAGCAAAUGCGACGAUGAGGCUCUCAUCAUGGCCAACAUCCGCGAUGUAAAGACGACGAGUCCCGACUACAAGGGCCAGGACCCCGAGACUGCUGCGCAGGAUUUCCGAAAUCGCAUCCGCAUGUACGAAAAGGUGUAUAAGUCUGUCGACGAAGACGGCGAUGAAAAUGACCUUACGUAUCUGAAAAUCAUGGAUGUCGGCAAGCAGGUCAUUAUCAACCGGAUUUCCGACUACCUGCAAAGCCGUGUUGUUUACUACCUCAUGAAUUUGCAUAUCCGUCCGCGAUCCGUCUGGCUUUCGAGGCAUGGCGAAUCGAUGUACAAUCUUGAUGGCAAGAUUGGUGGAGAUGCAGGCCUCUCCCCGAGAGGGGAGCAAUAUGCCAGAAAACUGCCAGACUUGGUCCGGCAAUCCGUUGGCGAUGACCGACCUUUGACUGUUUGGACAUCUACUCUGAAACGGACCAUUGCGACAGCCCGUUUCCUUCCUGGCGACUAUAACCAACUUCAAUGGAAAGCUCUCGAUGAGCUAGACGCCGGAGUCUGUGAUGGUCUCACAUAUCAACAAAUCAAAGACCAGCACCCGGAGGACUUCGCAGCCCGAGAUGAGGACAAGUACAACUAUCGAUACCGUGGCGGAGAGUCGUACCGUGAUGUGGUCAUCCGCCUCGAACCCAUCAUCAUGGAGCUAGAACGUUCGGAAGACAUUCUCAUCAUCACUCACCAGGCGGUAUUAAGAUGCGUGUACGCGUAUUUCAUGAAGAAAGACCAGGCGCAAAGUCCUUGGAUGAAUGUGCCGCUGCACACCCUGAUCAAGCUCACACCGAGAGCAUACGGUACGGAUGAGGUGAGAUAUCCUGCUAACAUUCCGGCAGUCAGCACUUGGAGAGGAAAGGGAAGCACAGCUAAGCACGAGGACCCUCUUCCCGAGGCGAUGUGA